CUCACCAGAGCACUGAGCUCCACAGCUGUGAAGGCCACAGAUCCGCUCCAUUACAGGCGGAACCUUUAGUAUCAAGCACCGGAGCCAUACGGACUGUUUUUGCAGACGCACCGCUUCGCUCAGGAGCGUUUGAACAGUUUAGGAUGGCUCAAGCGGACAGCAGGGCUCUGGCUUUGGGAGUUCUGGCAGGGGCUGCUGGGAUCAGCUUGGCGAUUGUCUGCUUCCGCAAAAUAGGAGCAGGGGGUGGUGGCAGAGUCCUACACCUGAGGAGCAACGCAGAUCACACGGCAGGCAGCCUGGGUCUGCAGACGGGCCAGGCGGAGGUGCUGGAUCGGCUGGGAGCUCUGAUCCACUGUGUGUCUGAGCUCAAAGAGGAGGUAAAAGCCUUGAAGGAUGCACUUCCACACCUGCAGGACAACGUCAGAGAUCAGCUGAGGGGCCGGAGUGGGGAUGAUAUCACCACUCGUAAAGCAAGCACCCUUCAUCGAACUCUCACCAGGAGAAAAAAAGCGAGUGCCUCAGCUACAAGUGAAGGACAAAGCUCAGAAGAGGCGGAAUCCUGUGGAUGGUAUAUAACGGCACUGACAGAUUCUGAGGAGGAGGAGGAAAGUGACGAUGACCGAAAGCCACCGCAGGAGCCAGUGGAUGAGCUCACGGCCCUGCUGCAGAAAGCAGACCGACUGCACAGCUGUAACGGGGCAGAGAAAGCACAAGGCCUGAAUGCUCUGCUGGAGAGGAAAGCAGAGUUUGAUCAGAAGUGCCAGUACCUCUGGCGGUUGUCCAGAGCCUAUGCAGAUGCACAUGAUUUUGCUGUAGACCUUGCAGAGAAGAAGAGCUGUGCUGAGAACGGAAAAAAAGUUGGUGAAGAGGCAAUUUCCAUCAAUCCACAGUGUGCUGAAGGUCAUCAGUGGUAUGCUAUACUCUGUGGGCUCCUGUCAGAAUAUGAAUCUAUUCAGAAUAAAAUAAAAAAUGGUUAUCUUUUUAAGGAUCAUCUGGAUAAAGCAAUUGAGCUGAAACCUGAAGAUCCUCUGUCGUAUUACUUGCUGGGCCGCUGGUGUUAUGCUGUGUCACAAUGUACGUGGAUAGAGAGGAAAGUUGCUGCUACUUUGUUUGGAGAGCCACCCAGUGCCACAGUCCAGGACGCCCUGCAGAACUUCCUCAAGGUAGAAGAGAUCAGUCCCAAGUAUUCAAAAUUCAACUAUGUGUUUUUAGCCAAGUGUUACAAAGACUUGGGUCAGAGGAGACAAGCCCAACAGAUGUGUGACGCUGCCUCUGCAAUGAACAUUCAGACUAAAGAGGAUGAGGAGGCACAGAAGGAAUUGGAUUCUUUUGUUUCAUCACUUUAACAAGUCUCCAACAAAAGCUGUCUGUCUUUGUGUUCCAUCUCUUUGAACUCGACUGUGACUCGACUUUAGCGGUUUACCCACAAACCCAACAUAUGAACUACUAAUGUUGGCCAGGCCACGUUAUUCCUCUACUAAAGGGAAGACCAGCAGCAAUAUUUUGUUUAUUUUUAGUUUAUGCACAAAAUACUGUAUGUGUUUUACAUGACAGUUUCUUUUUAAUUCUUUUUGUCUUUUUCUUUUUCCCAAAGUACAUUUUAGACAUCAUUAUAGUGGCAAUACAUUGAGUGGCUGUCACCUAUUGAAACCCACAGUGACCAUCAGUGGCUGCUGUUAGAAUGAAUUUAGAAUGAAUUACACAAAAAAAUGAAAUUUUGCUGAAAAUCUACUCGCCUUUAUGUCAUCCAAGAUGUAGAUGAGUUUGUUUCUUCAUUUAAAAACAGAUUUGGAUAUAUUUAGUAUUCCAUCACUUGCUCACCAAUAGAUCCUCUGCAGUGAAUGGGUGCCGUCAGAAUGAGAGUCCAAACAGCUGAUAAACACAUCACAAUAAUCCACAAGUAAACAACACUAUUCCAGUCUAGUUUGUAAGAAACAAAUCCAUCAUUAAGACACUUUAACUGGAUGAGUAAAUUUGAUUAUUAGCGUGAAGUCAACAAGAAAGAGAAACAAGAAAGAUCUGUCCGGUUGGCAUUAAAAGCAUGCAUUGACAGUUCCACUUGUUUUUGUGUGCCUUUUAGGGGCAUGUUUAUGUGUACUUUCUAAUUAGAAUUUCUUUCUGUUUUUGUUAAGCCAAAAUUAUUAAUGAUUAUUUCAUAGACAUAACUUACAAAACACUAUGACUAUAAACCUGUAAACCUCAUGAAGUGUCUGAAACAAACCUUUAGAAGAACUUUGGCACAUUUAAUAUUUAGUUCUUCCAAAAAAAAAGCUGCUGAUAUGAAAUUGCAAAAUUGAAAAUCUGUCAAAAAUGUUUAACCUUUCAUAGCACAAUGCUCCCUAAUGAAAUGCAGUCUUUUGCAGUUUUUAUUAGGAACACCUGAACAACUCCAUCUGGAUUUAAUCUUGUUAAUCACAUUCUCUUUGUCGAAUGUUAUAUUUUUGUAGUUCAAUUUAAUAACUCACAUGACUUGUGUAGAUUUUAAUCCCUAGACAUUAUUUUUUGACCAAUGAUGAUUUCUAAAUCCCAGACAAAUUAUGGGGACCAUGUAAGUCUAAUGUAAUUUUUUCCCCUCGUGUUAUUGCUAAAAUUGUUUUAAUGUCAUUUGUUGGCAUCCAGCAUUAUAAAUGUAUGCAUUUUUAUGUAAAAAUGAUGGCAUUUGCUCUCUGUAUGGUACAUUUUUGAUUAUUGGUGAUUGAGAUUGUAAUUGUGCGUAUGAAGAUCAUCACUUCAUCUCUGCUGCUCAAUACAAUAUACAAUAAGGUGAA